AUGGCAAGUUACAACGGCCACUGGGCACGCUGGAUGCCGUCUACUCCUGAAGUCUCUGCGGGCCCUGAACUGGGUCCUGAAGCUCCUGCCGCACCUGAAUCCACUGCGAAAGCUCCUGCGGCUCUGGCUCGGGCUGUAGAACCGGAACCUGACCAACCGACUCCAGUAAACCCCCCUGCGGCACUGGCUGCGGCUGCAGAACCGGAACCUGGCCAACAGACUCCAGUAAACCCUCCUGAUGCAUAUCUUUUCCCUCUGCCUACAUUUAGCGCCCACCUCGCCGCCCAACAAGGCAGAACAAUGAGAGAUAUCGCGAACAGCAGCGCCGGCUCAUCUAUCAGACAUGCUAUCAGACCCAUGACUGUCGUCGGGCAGACGCAUGCAGAGCGAGAUCUCAGCAAAUUGCAUCGCUUUUGCGAGAAAUUGCGUGACGAACAGCUCCUUUUCAAAAAGGUACUGGAAGAUAUUCUCGCCGAGACGCACGACUUGAACACGACUAUCCAAGAGCUUCUGGCCGCUGUUGAUGAGGACGCCAUCCACAAAACCGUCAAAACUGCCGUUGGAAAUUCCACCAAGGAUCUGAAUGCUAGAGUAGUAGCCGCCGUUGCAAACGCUGUCCAGUUGUCAUCGACUUCAGCUAGCUCUGAGAAGCCUUCCAAGAGCAUCGACUCGAAGACAAAUUCGGUCAAGUAUGAGGCCAAGAUCAAGUCAUUGGAGGCCGCCAACCAACAAAGCAAUGCUAAGAACAAGUCAUUGGAGGCCACUAUCCAACAAAGCGAGGCCAAGCACAACGAAGCCACCGCCCGAUCCCAAAAGGAGCUGACUGCCAGUCAUCAAACCCUAAAGGCAACACAAGGCCAGCUCAAUGUCGUUCGGGAGUCCCUCGUACUCCAAGAUGCUUCAUUCGAGGCUAAGCAGAACGAGUGGAAUCAAAUUUUUGCUCUGAAAGCUGCGGAGGUUGUUAGUGCGCGGGAGACCGCUGAGAAGAUGGGACAAGUACUUGAAGAAACCAAGAGUGCUCUUGCCAUGACGACUGCCGAUUUGGAACCAGCAAAUAAGUCCCUCGAUGCGCUGAAAGAGUCCGCUACUUGCAAUUCUGCGUCUGAGAUCGAGGCGACCAAGGCUUCCAAUGCAAUACUUGAAGCCCAGUUGCUUGAAAGCCAGGGUAGGGAGGCCAGCCUUGCUGAGAACGCCAGAAAUCUGGAACAGGCCAAUGAAGCCCUUAGAAACCAAGUGGAAGAGUUAAUGGCUCCAAAGCAAGAGAGUAACUCGGCGCCCAAUGAUGGUAGCGCUCAACUCCAGUACCUUCAAAAUUCACUGGAACUUUCGAAUAAAGAGAUUGCCGAUCUUCAAAAAGUUAACAGUACUCUAAUGACUGAAGGGCAAGCGCUUCUCGAGCAAAGAAACGAGUUAGACACUAGAUGUCAAGCGGCCCAAAAGGAGAGAGACGAAUUCUUCAAGGGAGGUCACGCACUGCAGAACCGACUCUCUGCUGCUGAUGAAGACAUCAAGGGCAUUGAUAAAGUCUGCCGAGAGCAAGCUGUUCAGAUCGGCAAAUUGCAACAAGAGUUGAUUGGUUCACACAAACGUUGCGAGACUUUCGGCACUCAAGCUGCCGAUCUUCAAGAAAAGUUACAGUUGGCCAGGGCAGCUGGUGCACAAGCCGUGGCUCUUGCAGCCCAAGAGAAAGAAGCAAAAAUCGCCCGACUUGAGGCAAGACUGCAGGCCAACCAGAAUAACGUGGUUGCAACACCAAGCACUCCGUUCCCCAAGGCUCAGCAUGCUCACCUGUUCUCACCCGGUCCUAGGGACAAACCACACUCGCCCAACGCCGCAAAAGCAGCCUUUGCUGUGUUUGAGAAGGAAAAGGGAGCGUUAAAAGAGCAUAUUAGGACCCUCACCACUCAGCUCGAAAAUGUCACAAGGGAAAGAGAUGUCUUGCUCGAGAAAGCAGAAAAUCAUCAAAUGGAGAUCGCAUUGUUUGAACAGGGUGCACAAAACGAUUCUUCAGAAUUUCGAGCACUUGACGUGGCGAAGACAAGAGCCGACCAAGACAAAGAGGAGCUUCAACACAAACUCGAGAUUGCGAAUAUGGUUGUUGCUGCCCAAAGAAGCGUCCUGGAGAACGAUCAAGCUGUCAAUCCACAGAAGGAAAAUCUGAAGCGGGUUGCAAGCGUCGAGCUCGAAAAUGAGCAAGGAAUAACCAAGGUCCGCCGUAUGGCGGCGUGCUUUGAUACAGUCUUCCCACAUGGUUACAAUCGCAUCCAGACCUCUGGCGAAGGACUGCUUUGUGGUAUUCGCGCACUCGUCAGCAGUAUGCAGGCGCAACAUCCAAACACUGAACCUGUCACGUUUGACCAACUGUACCAGAUGCUUCACGACACCGAUUAUCGGGGCCUGGUCGGGCAGUUUGGACCGAUGAGUGAGAACAAUUUCCGCGCCGACGAGCUCGCCCUGAUGAUUCACCUGUUCUACAGCCUGUACGAUCUCAAUGUUCACCUUGGCAUCGUCCAACCGGGUCAGGAACCCCUGCUCAUCCCUGGAGAAGACAGCGAGCGACUAGACCGAAUCACGGUCUGGAUCUACAACGACCGUGCUCGAGAGUCCGCUGCAGCUCAGGGCAUCAAUCCAGACGCGCCGGGCCAUAUCAUCUACAACCAUUACGAAGGUCUCCAGCCCACUCAAGCGCCAGAAUCUCAGCUCCUCCUGCAACAAGCCCCUUCCGACGGUGUCCCAACGAGAGCCGCGCCAGGGUCCAGAAACAUUGCGAACGCGCGUGGCCGUACUGCACGGCUCCGCAGCCCCACCAAGCCUCGCAUGCAAGCAAACAAUCCGUUCGCUGCUUUGUUCAAGCCCGGCCCCAUGCAGACCGGCGGCACCGGUGAGGAAGAUUAA